AUGCCAAUCAUAAAAUCCCCCAAAAUCAGCAUCGACGAUCCCUUUGCCUACAACUCCGCCAGCACGAGUCCCAAUGGCGACAACGACGACAUCCCACUCAAAACCCUCACACUCCCCUCAAAGACCGGGCGCAUAACAACCUUCGAGUCCCGCUACCUCAAACACUCGGGCUCCAACUCCAGUCUUUCCCGCACCUGGCUUGCCUCCUCCGGGGACCUCCAGCCCGCCAGCCCGCAUCCUCUCAAGUCUGUCAGCACACCCACCGACUCUGACGGCAAUGCCCUGAUCGCACCAUGGGGGAUUCACUGGCGGACACCCAUCGCGAUGGUUGGUCUCUUUCUCGUGGGCCUCGGGACCGCAAUAGCACACCACUACUACUACAACUUCCUCCACGCCACCCCCGCGGGCACCGCAGCGGCCCAGGAGUGGGUGAACCGGAUAGGUACGGGGCUGGCAUUCCUGUCGCGCGCGGCCUUGUCGGGCGUCAUUGAGAUCGCUCGAAAGCAGUGGGUGUGGGUGACGUUGAGGGAGAAGUCCAUGUCACUAAUGGGGAUAAACUCCAUGUUUGGCGCCGGGACAGAUCCCCUGAACUUUCUUAGCUGGGAGAUGAUAUCGCGGGCAAAGUUCAACACGUUCCUGGCCAUGGUCAUAUGGUCCCUGCCUGUUGUGGCUAUCUUUACGCCAACCACAAUCUCGGUGUUUUCCUCGGGGCAGGAGAAGGUGGGUGAGUGUGUGGUACCGUCACUGUCGUUCAACUUUGGUGCCGAGCCACUGGAUGGGUUGAGAUGGUACAACUUGUCCAACGGUACGACCCUUGGCGAUAUAUUUGAGGAAGUCUACCACAACCCUAGUCCCCGUGCUAGCAGUAUCUUCACGACCGCUGCCUUCUCUGGACAGGCCUUGGUCGCGGCCGAUACAGUUCUGGAGGAGGAUUGCGGCGAGAUGUGCACCUACAGCAUUCAAUUCACCGGCCCCGCCGUAAACUGCACCGAGCAGGCGUUCUGGGAGGUCGAUGACCCGCUAUCCAACACCACAGUCCCCCGCCAGUCCAAAGACGGCCUCAGCCCGGUCUUUAGCGCCGCCCGCGCCGAGAAGGUAUGGAACCAGCUGCUUGUUGGAAACCUGCGCGCACCGGGCGAUGAAACAGAGGACUCGGACACCUGGGAGUGGCAUGGAUAUUCGUGCGUGAACUCGAUCGCGCAGUACUCGGUCACGAUCAACAUCAACGAUGGCCGCAUGAGGAAGCCCACGAUUGACGCGGUGAAGCUCCUGUACCCGGUGACGGAGGAGCCGUCGUUCAACACCACGUACUCGCGCAUCCACAUCUCAAACUGGGCGCUCUUUGACACACUGGUGGACAUCCUCGCCGGCGAUGUCUCGACCGGGAUCAGCCACUUCAACUACUCCAUGGACGGCAUCGAGUACUUCAAGAGCGCACAGGAGAUGCGUAUCACGCAGACCAAGGUCCUGUCCACGUCCCUCGCCUCCCCAAAGAGCACAACAAACAACAUGAAGACCGUCGCCAACCUCGCGCCCGCCAUCGAGGCCAUGGCACAAAACAUGGUGGUCUCCCUCCUCUCGGACCGCACGCUCAUCUACGCCACCAACAUCACAACCAGAUGUCGCUCAACAGAGUUCCAAAACAUCUACACAUACAACUGGGAGAAGCUUGUCGGCGUAUACACCGCGGGCGUGUUUUUUGCGCUCGCCAUCGGCAUGCUAGGCUUCGUGGCGCUGGCAAAGAAUGGAGUCGUGAGCGACGAUAGCUUCUCGACGUUUCUGCUGACGACAAGGAAUCCGACGCUGGAUCGGUUGGCCGCGGGCGCGUGUCUGGGUGGGGAGCCGCUGCCGAGGGAGCUGCAGAGGUUGAAGUUUAGGUUUGGGGUUGUGGGGGAGCGAGGGGAGGGGGUGGGGCAUGUGGCGUUGGGGUUGGAGGAGGAGGUGGUGAGCAUUAGGAGGGGGGGGAGGUAUUCGUGA